CUACAUCGUUGGACGUCCAUAUUGCCACAGGAAGUGUAUCGAGCAGCACAGUUACAUAGGUGUAGUGGGCACUGCGGUUUCUCCGCAAUGAAACUCCGGAUCAAGCCACUGACGAAACCCGAGCAGUCUGUGGAAGUUUCUUCGAACGCUACAACAUCAGACUUAUUCGAGGCUGUCCACUCAGCUUUUGGUGUGGACCCAGCGGGGCAGCGACUUGUCUUUAAAGGAUGUCCUUUGUUGGACAAGUCUAGGUUGGUCUCACAGUAUGGAAUACGUGAUGGAGAUAAGCUAACCUUGGUCAUCAAACAAGUAUCGGUGCCAGACAGUUUCCAGGAGCGUCGGCCAAGCUUCGAAACGCUCUUGCGCAAUCACUUGGCUCACACCUACAGUGAUCGUGAGGUUGAGGUGAUAGUGUCUAAGUUUAUGCAUAUUUUGUUCACGCGCAUCAAUGCAAUGAGCUUGAAUGACAUUGAACGUCUCGCAGAAAUAUGGAAACAUUCGGAUGGAUGACAGUAUAAUCGUUAUGCUAAAACUUCCCGGACGUAAUUGGAUUUAGGGACAGACGCUCAAAAUACUCGUCUGUACAUUGAAUCUAUGUUUUACAUUGUACACAGUCCACAAAAGGCGUUUUAUAUUUUAACACAGUUUAAGAUGCUACCUUCCUGGAUUUGGUGCGCUUAUCCAGAUUUCAUCAAGACUUAGUCGGGGCCAUGUUUCUUUCGUCAGUCAACGAUUUAUACUCAAGUCGA